GAACCUCCCGAUACAAUCGUCCCAGAAUGUCGACUCUUCAACAGUAGAUAAAUCGUCAGAUACUGUAGUGUGGAAAGUUGAUUGGCAAUAACCGACUUUUAUGUGUUUAGCGCCACUUUCUGGUCUGAUCUUAGCAAUUGGUCAUCAUGUUUACUAUAGUUCAUUGAAUGGAACACCUGCAGACGAUUCAGCAAGGCAAAAUUGGUCGAUUCGAUUCGGGGCAGUAUUCGCAUCUCUCGUGGUCGUAUGCUUCAAAGCUAUCACUGUUUCCGCCUUGGGGCAGUAUUUUUGGACAGUCAUAAGAGCAAAAGGUCUUAAAAUAAGUGAUCUUGACAAGUUGUAUGCACUUACAAGUAGUCCGAUUGGCAUAUUCAGUUUCUCUGUUUUCAAAAAUACUACAUUGGCAGCUGCAAUAGGUAUAAUCUUUUGGUAUGUUUCUGCUACUUCAAGCCUAACCUCGCGUUGCAUCUUUAAGGUUCAAACCGACAUUAGUUAAAGCUAGGCUGUCGCAAAAUUUCCGCACAUUCAAAGGCGUUGAACUUUUAUGAUAUAGCUAUCCAGAGGGUCUAUAUUUAUAAGCGGCUAAAUGAUGCUAUAGUUUAAUGCUAUAGAUUUUACUCCUUCGUUCUAGUUUUAUUUAUGAGGCCUACUGGCGAAUGAGUAAUGAACAAUCACUGGUGUACA